AUGACGUCAAUGCAGUAUCGAAGAUAUAUUGAUAUUUUAUUGAAGGACAAUCCUCAUUGUAAAUGGGAAAUUGUUGGUUCUUGCAAUGGGUUGAUAUGCAUGGCGGUAGAUUUUCAAUUCAUAUAUAUAUUCAAUCCUUCAACGAGGGAGUACAAGCAAAUACCGGAUUUCGAUCCCUCUGGUGUAGUUGGAUUUGGCUAUGACCAUUGUUCUGAUGAUUACAAACUGUUCAAAAUACACAGCAAUAGCAUCUAUGCAUAUUCACUGAGAAAUUGUUCUUGGAGAAAAGUUCACGACUUUACUUAUAAGUCCAGUGUUGGUGCUUCUUCGAAUGGGAUCCAGCUGAAUGGAGCCCUUCAUUGGCUUUGUUUGGACGAAAUAGGGAAUCCAUUAGAGAUUGCAGUUUUUAGUUUGGAGGAUGAGAAAGUGUGGAAGAUUCCCAUUCCCAUUCCCAUGCCGACUCCCUUCACCGAUGCUGAUGAAGCAUACUUCCUAGGGGUGCUUGAAGGAUGCCUUUACUUCAGAAAGUUUGUUUUAUACUACACAAGAGAGGGAACAUAUAGGGAUCUUGUCUUUGAUGACGUGAACGGUUAUGAUGCAGAGAUCUACGUAGAUAGUCUCGUAUCACCGGUCAUGUGA